AUGCAGGUCGAAGCUUCCACUCGUGCCUUCGUCUUGGCCCUCAAGUUCUCAGGCAACACCAACGCGGAGAUCGCAGAUCUGACCGGCCUGCCUAAGCGCUCUGUGCGUGGUAUUUGCGAUUUCGCUGUGAACAAAGGAUUUGAUGUGGACAAGCGUCCUCUGGAGAUAAAAGAUGAAUACUUUGUCACUCAUAUCCGCGGCGAGACGAAGAGAUCGCCCGAGAAGAAGACCGCUGUGAAGAAAAUGGCUGCCAAGAAGAAGAAUGUCAUCGCGAGGGAGGAGGAGCAGGAGGGAGAGGCGGAGGAGAAGAAGGAGGAGCUCGCUGGAUUUACGUGA